AUGACAGUCAAUGGUGAGAAUGGAGUUGAUGAAAGCCUGUACAGUCGGCAGCUUUAUGUCAUGGGUACUGAGGGAAUGCGGAAGUUGCAGCACACCAAUGUUCUGAUAUCGGGUUUAAACGGUUUGGGUCUGGAGAUUGCAAAAAAUGUUGUCCUCGGUGGAGUUAAGUCUGUUACACUUCACGAUCCCGAAAGUGUUUCCCCUACGGAUUUAUCUUCCAACUACUAUGUUACCUCAGCCGACAUAGGCAAACCUCGGACCUCCGUUUGUCAACCGAAAAUUGCUGAACUCAACAAUUACGUACAAGUCAAUGUUCUUACCGUCCCGAAGUUGACUACGCAAAUCGUUUCCCAAUACCAAGUUGUUGUUCUGACACGGGGCUCGUCUGAAGAAUGGCGAGAGUUGUCGGAAUUUUGCCACAAAAAUUCCAUCAAGUUGAUUGCAGCUAAAACUUGCGGAUUGUUCGGGCAAAUAUUUUGCGAUUUCGGAGAAGAAUUUGUAGUGACAGACGGCACUGGCGAAGAGCCCCAUUCAGUUCUGAUACAGUCGGUCGACAGGGCUAAGGACGGUGUUGUUGUUUGUCUUGACGAUAACCGACACGGUUUCUUCGAUGACUCCUAUGUCACUUUCUCGGAAGUUCAGGGCAUGACUGAACUAAAUGGAUGUGAGCCUAGAAAGAUCACAGUUAUCGGACCACAUGCCUUUUCCAUUGGUGACACGUCGGGUUUCAGUGAAUAUAAGUGUGGUGGAGUAUGCACUGAAGUGAAAAUGCCCCAAAAAUUCCACUUUAACGAUUAUUCAACUGCCUUUAUAACUCCCGAGUUUUUAAUAAGUGACUUCGCCAAAUACGAUCGUCCCGGCCAGUUGCAUAUUAUUUUCGAGGCACUGCAUAAGUUCCAGUCGACACAUCAACGACUUCCAGCAGCAUGGAACGAAGACGAUGCAAAACUCUUUGUUCAGUGUUCUGUAAUAGGCGGAAUUGCCGCCCAGGAGGUUAUGAAAGCCUGCACAGGCCGUUUUCGUCCUAUCAGACAAUGGUUUUACUUUGACGCGAUUGAGUGUUUACCGGCACCUCUUUGCAAAGGAGGGACUCCAACCCCAAUACUAAAAGAUAAAAUAACACCAAAAGACUCUAGGUACGAAGGACAAUGCAGAAUUUUUGGCGGCGAGUUCCAGGAAAAAUUGGGAAGUCUUAAGUAUUUCCUGAUGAAUAUUGUGCCUCAUGAAAACCGUGUUGGUCAAGAGACUGAGGCCGUUUAUGACGACACCUUUUUCGAGGCCCUAGAUGGUGUCGCCAACGCGCUAGACAACGUAGAAGCUCGCACUUACAUUGAUCGUCGUUGUGUUUAUUACCGAAAACCCCUCUUGGAAUCUGGCACCCUUGGCACGAAGUGCAAUGUACAGGUUGUCAUUCCACAUCUGACCGAGUCUUACUCUUCAUCUCAAGAUCCCCCAGAAAAAUCUAUUCCUAUGUGUACCUUGAAGAAUUUCCCCUAUCAAAUCGAGCACACACUGCAGUGGGCUAGGGAUACUUUCGAAGGUUUGUUUUCUCAGCAAUCGCAGGCCAUGGAUUCCUACAUGCAUAAUCCAACAGAAUUCCUCGCUAAACUGUCUUCAGGUUCGGGCAGUCAACCCAUAGAAACCUUGGAGACCCUAAAAAAUAAUCUAGUCACUUCCCGUCCAAAGAACUUUGAUGACUGCAUCGUUUGGGCCCGUAACUUGUGGCAGGAGUUCUACACAAAUUCCAUCAGUCAACUGCUCUUCAACUUCCCCGCUGAUCACAAAACUACGACAGGCACUCCAUUCUGGUUUGGCACCAAGCGUUGUCCGCACCCCUUGAAUUUUGAUGCCCAAAAUCCCACCCAUCUUGCCUUCAUUGUCGCUGCGGCGAACAUCCGUGCUUUCAUGUACUCUCUUCCUGAAUGCCGUGACUUCGAUGAAAUAGCUCGCAAAGCCGCUGCCAUACAUGUUCCCGAGUUUGUUCCCCGUAGCGGGAUCCACAUUGAUGUUACUGACGCGGAAAUGCAAAGCCACGCUUCUGGUAACGUCCAAAAAGGCAGUUUGGAGGAAUUGCGCAACUCGCUUCCUAAACCAGAGGAACUAUCUGGUCUCAAGGUGAACGUUGUCGAUUUUGAAAAAGAUGAUGACUCAAACUUCCACAUGGACUUUAUCGCAGCAGCCAGCAACCUUCGCGCGGAAAACUAUGGUAUCCCCCCUGCCGAUCGCCUGAAAAGUAAGUUGAUCGCAGGCAAAAUCAUGCCCGCGAUUGCCACCACAACCAGCCUGGUCGCAGGCCUCGUCUCGUUGGAACUCUGCAAACUCGCACAAGGAAACUUUGACUUGGAACUUUUCAAGAACAGCUUCAUCAACUUAGCUCUCCCCUUCUUUGCGGCCUCGGAACCAGUGCCGCCCGAGAAGUGGAAGUACUACGAUAAGGAGUUCACGAUCUGGGAUCGCUUUGACUUGGAGGGCACAAUGACUCUCCAAGAGUUCUUGGAUUACUUUAAGGAAAAACACAAGCUGGACAUAACGAUGCUAUCUCAGGAUGUAUCUAUGCUCUAUUCAUUCUUCAUGCCCCAGAAUAAGCGAGCUGAUCGACUGAAAAUGAAUAAGAAACACAUUGCGCCGCAUGUUCGUGCUCUGGUUUUUGAACUCUGUGCUACGGAUAUUGACGGUGAAGACGUCGAUGUACCCUACGUGCGUUAUGUGCUGAACUCUGACAAGUCAACUUAG